CUUACACUAGUUCGGCUCCCGGGGAAGACCAACUUGGUACUUCUGGAGUUUCAACACCCGCGUCUGUACGGAACCGCAACUCGCGCAUAGCGAGUCCGACCCACGAAAACACCACUCCGACCGAAAAGCUCCAAUCCAGAGACCAACCAUCUUCGAAUUGGUAUACGAACUGUGGCAUUGUUAUAACUCCGAGGGAGAUCUCUGAUUGCCCACAAUGUCCGCCAACGUUGCCACAUCACUCUACCGGCGCUCGCUGAAGCUGUCGCUUGAUUGGGCUGUCCACAGAAGUAUCUGGCGAGGCCAGGCAGUGUACAUCAGAUCGCUUUUUGAUGCUAACAAGCACGUUCGCGAUCCUCGCCAGCAAAAGGUGCUACUGCGCGAAACAGAGAAGCUACUCGAAACAUGGAAGCAUCCUGACCCUUACAAAGCACCAACUGCGCCGGGAGGCAGCAAAUACGAGAGAAACCUUCCUGCACCUCAAUUACCCUAUGCGGGGGCGCACUCCGAGGGCCAUUGAACUAUGGGGGAUUUGCGACCCGGUGCGGCUAUAUCGAUCUUGUUAUUUAGAGUUGCUUAAUAGUAAACUGAAUUCUCGAAAGAGAAAAAAGGAAAAGUCCAAAAUUUAGACCAAAU